CUUAGCUCCCGGCGCUGGUCGCCGGCCGGCCGCCGUCCUCAUGUGACGUAACCAAUCAGAAGAAGAUAAAAAGAGAGGGAUAUGGCGAAGGAAAGAAGGAUUCGAGUGGCCAUGGCGUCUGCUCUGAGCUUCUCCCUAUACUCUCCCCUUCUUUCCGGCAACUCUCUCUCCCUGCUUCCUUCGCUCCCGCCUUCGCCUUCACCUUCACCUUCACCUUCACCUUCACCUUCUCUCAAUUCCCGGCCCUCCCGAACGCUCGCUUCUUCGAGGAAGCUCACUGCUUUGAGGCUCCAGAACGGUAUCCCGAGAGCGUCCGCCGAAGGAGUGCCGAGUGAUUUGGUCGAAGAUUCAAAGUUCGUUCCAUUGAAUGCUGAAGAUCCUAGAUAUGGCCCCCCUGCUUUGUUGCUAGUAGGCUUUGAUGCAGAGGAGGCGGGAAAGAUCCAACAACUUCUGAAAGAGAUGGAUGGCGAAUUUCUGCAGAUUGUGUACUGCACUGAGAGUAUGGUUAAUCGUUCACUGUGGGAAGCGGUGCAUACAAGACAGCCUGAUUUGAAGUCAAUCAAGAUUGCAAAGAAUGUUCCGCGUAUUUGCUUCUUGUCGGGUCUCACUGGAGAGGAGAUGAUGAUGUUCAUUGAUGCCUUUCCCGAAACGGGAUUGGAACCAGCUGUUUUCGCAGCUCUUGUUCCCAACAGCGCCAAUAAACCAGUACAGGAAUUGAUAGAAGAAAUAAUGGGAGAUCAUGAAAUGCUUACUGGAAAGCAGAAAGGUACGGGCUAAGCAUGUAAGAAUCGCUUUGAAGGAUUGUGACCAUCGUUAGCGUUAGCGCAUAAGCGGGCGGGCAAAAAUGUUUACCACAAUAACAGAUUGUCAUUUCAUUCCUAUUCAAAUUCCAUGACAUGGAGUACUGUCACCUGCUUUCUGCAUCUACUCCGAAGCUGUGAAAUCAAUACAUAAUCACUCAGCCUAAAUAACAACACGGUUCUUUGUUUGAAGAA